AUGUUCACACCAGUCGAGCAUUUCGUUCCAGUGGAACCCACAAGUGAAAGGGUCCCUUUUGUCAAACUGGAAUGUGUCGACCUGAGCGAUUAUGACAAAGGCCUCGAGGCAAAGGCCAACUUAGCCAAGAAAAUCCAUGAUGCGAUGACGACUCAAGGAUUUUUUACAAUUGUGAAUCAUGGACUCCGUGAACAGGAGAUCACUCGUCAGGUUGAUAUCGGUCAUCAUAUAAUAACCAACACCGAUAUGGAGGAAAAGCGAAAGCUGACGGCGUCGAUGAUUGAGGAAGGAUCCUAUCACGGUUUUAAGCCUCGCGGUCAUUGGAGAACUGCUGGUGGAAUUCGAGACAAGGUGGAAAACUUCAAUAUCCACCGAAACAUGACCCUUCGCGAACAACCGUCUACCCUGCUACCAUACAAGGAUGAGGUACAACGAUUCAUCGAUUUCACACACAAAGAGAUUCUAUUCAAGAUCCUGCGUCUCUUCGCCAUGGCAUUGAAGAUCGAAGACGAGGAUUUCUUCGUCAAACUUCACAGUUACGAAAAGCACGACGAGACAUGGCUCCGGUAUAUGGAAUAUUUUGACGAAUACACGGACGAGGAAAGGCAGCAGACUAAAGGAUUGUGGCUAGGUGGUCACCAGGACUUUACCAGCUUGUCUUUUCUGUUCAGUCAACCGAUGUCAUCUUUGCAAGUUCGCGACUACGAUAACAACUCGGAAUGGAGGUACGUGGAAUAUACUCCCGGUGCCAUUAUCGUUAAUGCCGGAGAGGUCAUGCUCUGGUGGACCGGAGACUAUUUCAAGGCUGCUAUACAUCGUGUUUUUGAGCCCCCAUCAGACCAGAGAGGCCACAAUCGAUGCGGCGUGUUCUACUUUUGCGUUCCUAACGAUGAAAUUGUGAUCAAUACUUUGCUUGACGAGAGUCCAGUUCUGAGAGAAGCUGGCGUCAAAAUGGCACACAACCCCAAAGACGCGCCGACAUCUAAAGAAUGGAGCAAUGGAAGGAUCAAGAUUACUGGACGCAACGCAGUCUGGGAUAAAAAGGGAGACGAAAAGGUAACGACGGAGAAAGUAGGCAAAGUUGUCACCAAGUGGUUCAGAUAA